GUCGAAGGAAGAAGAUAGUGUACGUCAGCCUCCCGAUAUCAUUACGAUCGUGCGUUGUUAUUAGAGUCAUUCGAAAAGUACGCGUUAUUACCGUGACAUUGUUUAAACGUUAUUUCGUACUCCGUGAUCGCCGUGUUCGUCGAUAAUUGUAUGUACAGAACGAUUUCCACCAAAAGACAAUCGCGUCGUGUACGUGCCGGUCGUGUGCGAGAUCACGUGUCAUUUCGACGUACGACAUUGUCGCGAGUUUCUUUUGUUACUUUAUAUCGAAUAAUUGACAGUAUUCGCGACUCGAAAUUUAUAAUCGCGCGUGAAUAGUGUCGAUUAAAACGUUCAGGUUACGUAAGAUUUAGGCGCGAACCGCGGAAUCGCGAAACCGAGGCGUCGCGUAGUGGUCAAUUCAAACUGCUAAUUGUUCCUCCCUUCACCCUCCCUUCACGUGUGGCGUGUGUAUUUGUUUAAUGGAAGACAUCUGUGUCCUGUGACAAGGUGACUCUAAACGAAGUUAAUCGUUUCGCGAAAAACGCGUGACGCGUCAUUUCGGAUUUCCCGCGACCUUCGCCUUGCCGGGCAAGGGAGUGCAAGCAUGUAAACAGAUUUCGUUCGGAAAGUUUUUUUCAACGAGGCGGUCGUGAUCGUAUAAUUUCGGACAGUGAAUGAUGCGUAAUAUGGACAGAUUCGCGGUUGGCGUUUUACGCGUCCGUAAUUGACUGCGCAGUACCGCGGUGUUUCUGGGCUCUCCUCUUUAAGGACACGAUGGGACGACGUAGCUGCGGGAAAUUCUGCCUACUUCUGGUCUGCCUACUCCUUGCAUCAGUAUUUCAAGGUGGGAAUGGCGACGUCGAGGUUCUAGAUCCAGAUGUUCAAGAUUAUAGUACUGAUGAAGACUACAACGACGUGUUCGAUGCCACGACCAAUGGAACCGACAUGGAGCCCGUGUCUGGAGCGAAGAGUGGCACGUUAAAAUUCAUACGCACUCUAAGUAACAUUACUAAGGACGCCGGCGAAGUGGCUCACAUGAGAUGCGAGGUAGUCGGCGAUCCACCGCCAACUAAAAUUAAAUGGUUCAAGAACGAGGCACCCCUCGAGGAGAGACGGCCCAAGAUCACUAUUAAGAAGAUACAUGCGCAGGCGCAUGAACACGCCGCGAAGAACAUCGCCGGGAGCCGUCUAAAGAUCAUCAACUUGGAUGUCUCGGACGUCGGGUUCUACACUUGUCGCGUAACAAAUGGAAAGGAUCAAAUUCAGAGCGAGGGAAUUCUCCGGGUCGACUCGUCGAAGAGCAGGCACGUUCCUGCCCACCCUGAUCAUCCCAUUAUUCAAGCAUCUGAUGACGAUAGAUUUUCUCCGGACAUAAUCGGUGGCAGCGAAUUUAUGGAAGGCGUCGGACCUGGGGAUGAAUUAGAUCUCUCAGGAGCUGGGAUGUCGACGCCACACAUUUCUCACCUGGCAUCGACGAACCCAUUUAGUAUAUUAUCACCGAGCCCACAGCCCACUAGUUCUCAGUCUAGCACUAUAGACGUUCACGGAAUCAGCGGCCUUAGAAACGUCAAUACCGGGAGAAAAGACAAUCAUGAAGGGAAAUGCGAGGUAUACGUAGGGAAAACGUGUGCACAAUUUCUGGGAAAUCAGUCGGUUUAUAUUCCAUAUCCGAAAACGCAGAAAUUACUCGAUGAAAAAUUGAUGAAAGCCUUCGGCGUUAUUAGAUUCUCGAACGAGGUUUCGUCAAAUUGCGAAGGAUACGCGAAACCGUCGUUAUGCUACUCCGCGUUCCCGAUAUGUCGCGAUUCAGCCAGUAUUUUGAAACUGAAACAUUCCGAAGCUAGUACAAAUUUGUUUCACUUCUUAAACGCGAAUCAAGGUGAUCUAUCGAGGGACGCGGGUGACGUGGACGACGCGGAGGAUAUCCCGGGGCACGGUAUCCUCAGGAAACGUAGCCCGACGCUCGGUCCCGGCGGCGAGUUCAAUCCGUCUAACUGGAACGAACUAAAUCGUAAAUUACGGAGAAUCUGUCGACAGGAAUGUGAGAUGCUCGAGAACGACCUGUGUAAAAAGGAAUACGCAAUUGCUAAAAGACAUCCAAUGAUUGGACAUCAAGUGCCUUUAGUUGACUGUUCUGAUUUACCAAUGGAAGAUAGCCCCGAGGCUCACGACUGUUUGAGCCUCGGGAUAUCGUCGGGAAAUAAUGUACACGAAGACGACUAUUGCUACUGGGGAAAUGGGAAGUCCUACCGCGGUGUCGUGAAAACGAGCAUCAGCGGAAGACCGUGCAUGCAAUGGUCGCACGGCGAAUUCAAUCUGCAGAUUUCCGAUUACCCCGAGUUAGCCGGGAGGCAUUCCUAUUGUCGCAAUCCGGGCGACAAGGAAUCCCAACCGUGGUGUUACGUUUACGUCGAUAGUAAACCGCAAAGGGAGUUUUGUAAUAUACCUAAAUGUGUUGAGAACUUAUGGAUCUACGCGUUCGUUGGCUUUGUACUGACCGGAGGAUUUGUUGUCAUACUGGUUUGUUAUUGCUGCUGCUAUAGAAGCAGAAAAUCUACCAGGCAGAUGAAUCAUCUGCCUACGAAUAAAAUGUUAACGGGUAUACAAUGUGACAAGAAUAUAUACGAUGGAAGACGGAGCACGACACAGCCAAUGGAAAUGAGCUCUCUUCUAGCCGGUCCCGGUAAUACCACUCCGGGAACGGGAACAUUAAGUAGUGGUAGUAGUAGGACAUCGAAUAAUAGAGUGCCACAGUUUACUACCAAUAAUGUCGUGCUUUUGCAAGAACUCGGCGAAGGAGCUUUCGGGAAAGUAUAUAAAGGAGAAUUGCAAACGGGCAAUAAAUGCGAGCCACCGAUUUACGUAGCAGUGAAGACGUUAAAGGAGAACGCGAGCCCGAAAACGCAGAGCGAUUUCAAACGGGAAGUCGAUUUAAUGACAGACCUGAGGCAUCCGAACAUUAUCUGUCUGUUGGGCGUAAUUUUGAAAGGGGAACCGAUGUGCAUGCUGUUCGAGUACAUGACUCAGGGCGAUUUACAUGAGUUUCUGAUCUGCCAUUCGCCAAGAACGGACGUCCCGUUAAACAAUGGGACUGGAAAGAUUUUAGAACAGCCGGAAUUCUUGCACAUCGCAUUGCAAAUCGCAUCAGGUAUGGAAUACUUGGCUAGUCAUCAUUACGUUCACCGAGACUUGGCCGCGAGGAACUGUCUGGUCGGUGACAACCUGACAGUGAAGAUUUCCGAUUUCGGUUUAUCCCGCGACAUAUACAGCAGCGACUACUACAGGGUUCAGUCGAAAAGUCUAUUACCCGUUCGAUGGAUGCCGCCGGAAUCAAUCCUUUACGGCAAAUUUACGACAGAGUCCGACGUAUGGAGCUUCGGAGUCGUCUUAUGGGAAAUUUACAGUUACGGUUUGCAGCCGUAUUACGGGUACAAUAAUCAGCAAGUAAUAGACAUGAUUCGAUCGCGACAACUACUACCGUGCCCCGAGGAUUGCCCGACGAUGAUCUAUAGCCUGAUGAUGGAGUGCUGGCACGAAGUAGCGAACCGCAGACCGCAGUUCCCAGAGAUCCAUCACCGUCUUCACAACUGGUACAUAAACCAGACCUAUCUCAGCGAUUUCUGUAACGAGUCUAUCACCAGUUACUCCGGAAGCAGUCACAAGAGCACGAACAAGACUAACUCCACGCAACUCUCGGCGCCGAUAUACAAAUGCGACCCGAAGGACAUGAGUUUUAAAGGGAGCAUGGAGCAGCAGCCGCAAUUCUGUAACUUGAACGAGCACAGUAACGGGAUCAUGAUGAUGCCACCGGGCUUUCAAAACACGAACUCUAUAGAUCAGAGGCCGAACUGCGGCUUCAGUGAACACGGGACGCCGAUGAAGGCGCCUAUUUACCCGAACCAAACGAAUAUCAAUAUGAACGACUACGACGACAAACAGUGUUGCUCGCCGAAGUUAAGUGGAGCCAAGAAGGUACUGCCGCCGGCACCGCAGCCGAUCUGCAAGACAAACACGCCUAACGGUACCAGGCCAAUGCAAAACGGGGCGCAAUUAGUCGUCAGGUUACCAGAUCCGAGCAAAGUCACCACCGAAACCAGGGUAUCAAAGUGAACGCGAACCACGACUGUUCGUUCAGACGAUUUUCGUAUGUUUUUACCGUAACCACCGUAAUCGUUGCACAAGGUACACGAAUACGCGGCUCGUGUCGCGAACUCGGGAAGAGGUAUAACAAUUUUCUAAAAGCGAGGACUUCGGUCAAGCACCAAUCUUGUACCUUAAAGAGUAUCGAACAGCAGUUUAAAUGGAUCUGAUAGCGAACCGCUGUAUCGGUUUUUAUACAAUCCAAUCUCACAAAGUUACGGACAACUAAAAUGAGUAAUUGGUCUUUCCCUCCGAUAGCUGAUCACUGCCACGUUUCCGUUCCCUACGUAUUUAUUUCAUCGAAACGCAUUUUAUACUGUCGAUACGCAUUGAACAUGGUGUACAACAAUAAAAGUUUUUUAUACAUACAUUAUAUAGUAUAUACAUACGUAUAAAUAUACGCAGCGUAGACCGUAGACUCUAUCGUUUAACGAUAUCGCGUUUACCUCAUGCGUUACACCCCGACAUUUCAUCGUAUUUCGCGAUGUAUUAUAAAUUUUUGUUUCGUGCCAAUGACUCAUUGUUAGGAAGAAUUGAUUUCUACGAUAAAUGAAUCGUCAGACUAAAACUAUUCGUCGUCAAAAAUUAGUAAUUUGAGACUGUAAUUGCAGGUGCAAAACCGCCACUGAACACACGUGAUCCAACAUUAAUUUUCUGCUAUAAGAAUUUUGUGAGUGAGUUCUGUCUACGUACUACGGGACAAAAUAUAAGCGAUUUCCGCGAGACUCCUUUUUACUAUUUUCUGCAUACGCGUAAACGCGACAUCCACAAAUUUCUCGACUGACCUAUUGUUGCUAGAUUGUAAUAUAAAUGUAAUAUGUCAUGUGUUUGCCCGGGGGCUGAUAAUACGAACGUAUUUCAGAAUCGAUCUCCAGAAAUAGCACAAUAAUCAAUUAACUGGCUGUACGUCGUAGCGUUAAAUCGAUUUUCCACAGAAGAAGUUUUGAUAAUAGACAGCAUCCCGUGAGUGACCGAUCGAUGUUUCGUUUUAAAACGAGAAGCAAUUCUAAUCAUAUCUAAGAAUAAUGGACAGCAAUUAAUUCUGCUCAAGUGAACGUCCUCGACUUCCAUGUAACAAUUUGUUUGAUACUAAUAAUGAAACUUUUUUAUACACUACUUAUACGAUUUCGUAUUUUGAAGCGUUCGCUCAUUUCGCGUAAGAAAUUAACGAAACCACGUGCUCUUAAGAUGAAAUUUACACAUGUUUUAUAGAACAGAUUUUUAUUUACGCGACAUCGAGAAGAGGAAUAGAUUUGAGAAGGGGUGAUCAACGAUCAGCGAGUCUGUUAAAAAAAUUGCCACCGCUAUUAACGUGUAAAUUAUACAGGAUCAUAUUAUUCGUGUAUAGAGCGUAGUAUCUACGACUACAUGUAGAGCAGGCGUUACAUCUGCGUUGACGAAAUAGUUUGAAACUAGUCUAUCUGUCGGAGCUCGAACGGAGUAACAAUAAGAAACCAGGAAACGAGGAUAAACAAACGAAUUUAACGCCUGUCUCGUGCGAUAGCGUGAAUUAUAGUUAGAACCGUAAGCAAACGAAUUAAAUAGUUUACGAGAGCCUAGAGUGAAAGUGUUUGAACGAGAUUGUAUUAUACUUUUUAUAAUUUUUCUAUAUUAAGAGCGUAGAGCCAUGACGGGUCUUCGACCGAGGAAGAACGGAACUGACCUGCUGUUUAAACUCGAUUUUGAAUGAUUAGAGAGUAACGAUUUACUGAAUUAAGUUGUGAGAGGGCGAGAGAGAGCGAAUGAACGAGAAACAGAAAUUGAGAGAAAGAACAUUUUUAAGGAUGACGAGCCUACGAAUCGGUGUUCGUACUAUUAUUACAAUUAUAUUUGAUAUUAUCAUUAUUAUUCGAAUGUAUUAUCAACCACGUGGUAAUCCUUUCCGCGUCGGAUGCUCGUCAUCCGGUUAGACUUAAGUUAAUUUAUGUCGACCACACUUCGACGAAGGAUCAUAAAUUUAAGAUCUUUAUAUAUACAUAUACGAUGAAUUACGAUAUAUACGAUCCAUGUCUUUUGUAUGAAAGCGAUAUUAUUUGAUUUCUCUAUUCAUCCCUGUCACACCUCCAGCCCAACCGAUCUAUGUUUUCGAUCCGCGGCAACCUAACGUUUCUCUAAAUAAAUGUUAAAACACGUA